AUGCAUGCGUGGAACCGAGGUGGAGGCCGGAGACAGCCUACACCAACCAAUGUUCAGUGUCAAAAAUGCCUGAAGCGAGGGCACUACUCAUACGAGUGCAAGGCUCAGCUACAAGAACGGCCAUACAAGGCCCGGCCCUCUCGGACGCAGCAGCUGCUCAACCCCAAGCUGGCCCCCAAACUCACCAACGAUGUACCUGGUGAUGUCACAAGAAAGUAA